CUAGAAAGAUUGCUCAACAAUACAAACGUUCAAAAUCAAAGGGAAUAAAAAUAGCUAAGCGUCACAUGUAAAUAUUAAACGUAGUUCCAAAAUUUUAAGCGUAAUACGACAAUAAACAACAGUCUAUACAAACGAUUCCCCAGCUACAUUUAAAAUAAGAUAUUGAAAAAAAAAAAAAACAACAACAAACAAAUCAAAAACAAAAACAUUUGCUAAAUAAAAUCCAGCAGCAGCUAUGAGCGAUUCGCAGCGUCAGGUGAAAAUGGUGGCCGAGCAGGCGCUCGCCAGCCUGGUGGAACGGGCCAAGCGUUUGCAGCUGACCAGCGUUUGCGUUUCCAUGCAGCACCACGACGACGAGGAUGGGUCUGAGGAACUGGGCCAGAGGCAGAGGCUGGAGCAGAAGGAGCAUUUGCGCGUGGGCGAGCAGCCAGUGGAAGCGGAGCCGAAUGUGGUUGUUGUCAAUUUGAAGAAAUCGAAGCGCAGCCCACCUGGUGCCGGCAUCCAGCGUGCGAUUGCUGCCACCGGCAGGAAGUCGCGUAAAUUUGAUUUGGAGCCAUCGCCGCCGCCGCCGUCACCGCGUGAGCUGUGCCUGAUCGCCGAGCUGAGGGAUGAGUAUAAUCAGACCGAUCAGCUGAUUGAACAGAUGCUCACAGAUGCCACAAGCCUCGGCCACGAGAUGAUCAACUGCUCGCAGAUCCAGCGCGAUUUGUCCUUGGUCCAGGAAAUCGAGCUGGAGACAACGAAACGUUCGCUAGACACACUAUUUGGUGCCCUCACCGCCGAGCUGGAACGCAACGAUCUCACCGAGCUGAUGCAGCGCUGCGACAGCGCCCUGGAGCGCAGCAAGGAGCGUCUGGUCAAGAAUGAGCCCACAAUCGAGACCAGCUGGAGCACAAUCAGCGAACAGUUUGUCGCGGCCGAACUGCCGCCCAGGGCCGCCCAGCCGGACGAUCAGCCCAGGGAGCCGGGCUCUCAGGAUUAUGCCGCAUUACCGUUUCUGGCCAAGCACGACUAGCUGGCGCCGCGGGUAUGCCCAACAAAUCAGCACAUCGAUAUUUUUUCUACAUUCAAAUUGUCGCUAACAAUCAAUAAAUGUCUCGUUGCACUGUAAAGCACCCA